AUGGGCCGACAACGACGUCCUUCCACCGCGUCUACCACGACGGCCGACAACAGCCUACCACCAGAGUCGGAAUUAGGCUCCAUGUACGACUAUCUCGCAAAGAUCAUCCUCCUCGGUCCCUCGUCAGCCGGGAAAUCCUGCCUCCUCCACCGCUUCGUAAACUCUUCCUGGCGCAUCCUCUCCUCUCAAACCAUCGGCGUUGAAUUCGCGACCAAAAUUGUAAAAGUCGGCGACGGAAACCGCAGAAAGAGAAUAAAGUUGCAACUUUGGGAUACGGCUGGGACAGAGCGUUUCAGGAGUGUGAGCAGGAGUUAUUACCGUGGUGCUGCUGGCGCGAUAUUGGUCUACGACAUCACAAGCCGGGAUAGUUUCACGCAACUGGGCACAUUUUUGAACGAUGCGAGGGCACUGGCGAGUCCGCAGUUGACGCUGCUGUUGGCGGGUAACAAAGCCGAUCUAGCGGACCCAGUGGACAGUGAUGCUGAGAGCGAGGAUGAUUUGGACGAUAGCAGUAUCUUUAUCGCUUCCAGAGGCACUAUACCAAGAGGUGGAAACGGCGCUCGCGUAACCUUUGCGCCGGAUGGUCGGCAAGUCUCUUCAGCACAAGCGACACAAUGGGCGACGACACAAACCAUUCCAAUGGCCGUCGAAGUAUCAGCAUUCAACGGCGAUGGCGUGGACGAGCUGUUCAAUCGUCUAGCUCGCAUGAUCUUGGCCAAGAUUGAGCUGGGCGAGAUAGACCCCGAUGAUCCCUUAUCUGGUAUCCAAUACGGCGACAGUCUAUCCUGGGCCAUCGACGACGGAGGAAGCAGUAUCAAAAGCGGCGUAGACGGUCCAAGGAGACGGAGAAAGAGAGCAGGUACAGGACAGUGGGCCUCUGGUCUGCGCGAGUGGGAAGAAGUUUUCAAACUCGACGGGUCCAGACGGAGGGGCUGUUGCUGA